AUGGGGAGCCACUCAGAUCAGAGGUACCGCAUCGGUGUUGAUGUCGGCGGUACAAACACAGAUGCAGUUCUUAUCGACCUGGACUCGAUGAGCAUCAUCGCAUCGCAUAAAUCAGCUACAACACCCGAUGUAACAACCGGGAUCACCAGUGCCGUCCGCAAGGUCAUUGAGACCGCCCAGGUCGCUCUGAGCGCUAUCGGCUGCGUCAUCGUCGGCACCACGCACUUCGUCAAUGCCGUCGUGCAACGCUCGUCAUCCCUACGCCCAGUCGCAGUAAUUCGACUCUGCGGUGGACCAGAUGAUGGCUUCGGCCGCGGAAUUCCACCCUUCAUCGACUUUCCUGCUGAUUUGCGGUUCUGUAUCGAAUCCUCCCCUUAUUUCUGCCACGGGGGCUACCAAAUCUCCGGCGAAGAAAUCAGCGCUGUUGACGAAGAGGAAAUUCGGAGCGUAGCUGAACAGCUCGUCGGGGAAGGAAUCGAGAAUGUGGUUAUCUCUGGAAUGUACGCCCCGCUCAAUCACUCGCAGGAGGUCGCUGUUCGGGACAUCCUCCUCCAAGCUAUAGAUCAAUCCGUCAGGAACGGCCAAAGUAAUUCAUCCUCCAAGCCACGGAUAACGCUGUCCCACGCGGUCUCAGGCCUGGGCUUCCUCGCUCGGGAAAAUGCUGCCAUACUAAACGCGACGCUACGCCCUCUCGCAGAACGAACGAUCUACGGAUUUAAGAAGGCAAUGUGGGAUAUUUUCCAGGGAAGUCCGUGCAUGUUGUAUCUCACACAGAACGAUGGCAGCGUACUGAGCGCCGAGGACGCAAUCCACUACCCGAUCCGGACAUUCAAUUCUGGCCCGACAAACUCCAUCCGAGGUGGGGAGUUUCUCUGGCGCGCUGCUGGCAAAGCGAAUGGCGAGGAACGGGAUGAGAGGACAGAGCCGUUGGUUGUGAUUGAUAUCGGCGGAACCACCUCGGACGCGGGGCUACUGCUCCCAAAUGGUCUACCCCAGAUGAGUUCCAUUACAGGAUUAGUUGGCGGUGUGAGGACAAACUUUGCGCUGCCAGCGGUCGAGAGUAUUGGGCUAGGUGGAGGGAGUAUCAUUCGAGGAGCGGGUGAAGACUUGACUGUCGGCCCUGAGAGUGUUGCGUUGGAACUGCUACAGAAAGCGAAACUCUUCGGUGGUGGAUAUCUGACGGCAACGGAUAUCGUGGCAGCGUCUGCAAUUCACGCCCCCAGCGAGCCAAAUCCUUUCCGGGAUAUGGGAGAUCUAUGUCGGCUAGCGGAUGUCACGCCAGAAAUAAUAUCCCAGGCACGCGAAAGGAUGAGGGAGAUGACUGCGGCGCUGGUCGAUCGAACCAAGACGCAUAAAGGAGACGUCGAUGUCUUAAUCGUCGGGGGAGGAGCUCCAAUCAUCAAGACCGAUGAACCAUUGACUGGCGUCCGCAGCCUCCGAACAGUGGCGGGUGCAGAAGUGGCCAACGCUGUUGGAGCUGCCAUCUCUCGAGUUUCAGGCGUCAUCGAUACCGUCGUCGAUACUUCAAACCAAACAGUCAAGCAGGCGCAGGAACUUGUCUCGCAGCUGGCGAUUGAGAAAGCUGUCAGUAAUGGCGCGAACUCUGGUUCAAUUCAGAUUGCCGAAGUGACUAUGCUUCCAAUACAGUAUGUUGAUGCGAAGGCACGAAUUGCCGUUCGUGCUGUUGGAGAGCUGGCCGUUGUUUCUCAGGGGCUUGCAACAGAGGCACUUCCCAGUUUCGAUGGGCAUGACGCGCCCCAGGCUCAGAGCAGGGCUAUACCUUCCAGCAUUGAUAAGACCGUCGAUAAACCUGUCGACGUCCAUACCUAUCGUCCAUUCAUCCAAAAUCGCCAAUGGACCAUCUCACCGACCGAUCUCCAAUUCAUCGCCCAGGGCUGCAAAGUACUUGGGUGCGGAGGCGGCGGCGACCCAUACCAGGAGUAUCUCAAAGUCAGCGCAGUUGUCCGGAAGAGCCCAGGUUCUGUCAAAGUGGUGUCACCCAGCUAUCUCGCAGACGACGCCCUCGUCGGCUGGACUGGAUGCAUGGGCAGCCCAGAAGUGAGCAUGGAGCGUCUUGAAAACGAGGAAUGUCUAAAAGCACAUGAAGAACUGAUCCGUGCCACUGGCCUUCCUCCCGUUUCUGGGUUCGUGGCCCUGGAAAUCGGCGGAGGGAACGGUGUUGUCAACCUAGGUGUUGCAGCGAAGUUUGGAGUGCCCUGUGUGGAUGCCGACUACAUGGGUCGUGCGUAUCCGACAGCCUGGCAGAUCACGCCAAAUGUUUACGGAACGCCCCGUGGUGAAGCGCUCGUUCCUAUGACGAUAGCCAGUGGAGAUGGCUCCGUUGUGACAAUGACGGCUUCGCGCACAGACAAACUUGUUGAUAAAAUUCUGCGCGCCUCCUGUGUGGAAAUGGGCUGUCGCGCCGGGAGUGCUGGUGCUCCCAAGUCGUCCAGAAUCGUCCGUGACCAGGCAGUCACAAAUACGGUAUCCCUCGCAUGGUGGAUUGGCCGGGCGAUUGCCCUGGAGAAGAACAUCGCCGAGAGAGCCAAGCGGAUAAUUGAUGAGGUUGGUGGUUCUGGCAGCGCUGCGAUCCUUGGCGAGGGGAAGAUUACGAGUGUUGAGCGCGUGCUCAAGACCGGGCACACUUAUGGAGUGUUAGAAGUAGACGGAAAACUCCAGGAUGGAACCAAAGCGGUUCUCAAGGUCCCUUUUAAGAACGAGAAUGCCUUUGUGGAGGCGAUCCUGCCGACUGGCGAAGCCAAGAUACUCGCCUCAGUGCCAGACCUCAUCGCCGUUCUUGAUGCUGAAACAGGUGCCGGCUUGGGGACACCAGAAUAUAAAUACGGUUUGAGAGUAAUGAUCAUUGCCAUUGCUGCUUCCCCACGGUGGACCGACACACCGAGGGGUAUGGAAAUAGGAGGGCCAGGGUCUAUGGGAUUUGAGGGAAUACAAUAUGUGCCCAUUGGGAAAUACAGUGAGCCACGAAGCGUUAUUGACGCCUUCGCUGAUGUGGAGCUGUAA